AUAUAGAAAUAUUUGCCUUCGAAGUUCGAAAUUUAGCUUAUUGGUAACAUCCUUAAUAAUUAUAAUAUGUUAGUUAAAAAAUAAGUUAAAUAUAGACAUCUUCCUUGUUUCUUACUUCAAUGGGGUAUAAUAAUAAUCUUCUGUCAGGCUUUUAUAAAAUUUUGAUUUUCUUCGGAGAUCCAACUUUGGUCGUUUUUAGCAUCUGUCAUAUACUUAGGUUAGGAGUUUGGUUAGGUUUGAUGGUUAAUCCAGAGAUCGCACUACUGUAUACAGUUCUUUGUGAAGCCAUUAAAAUAGAACUCCUGUGAUUCGAACAUGUAAAGUACCUAAGAGAGCAUUAAAAAUUUGUUCAAAAGUUUAAUUUUUAUUCCCACUGCAACGGUGAGAUAUCAGAAAAUCCCGCAAAUGUGAAGAGGGAAGUGCUGAGAUGUUUCUAUCUCGUCUUCUUCCAUACAACUUCUGAAGCUGGCGACCGAUAAGAUCCCAACAUUAUAUUAUAUACCAUUAGGUCAAUGGCCUGUUUGAAUUUCCAGAACUGAGGCUAGCCUUACUGAGGGAAAAGAAGUUACUGGAUCUCUUGCGAUUAAUGAUCAAUCUUGGGCCAAAAGAAUCUUGCGACAGGACGCACCAUUCUACUUGCCAGCCCAUCAGCUUUAUAGUUGUUUGCGAUUCCGCUGUGGCUUGGCAUCCAUACUAGUCUCAUCACAAAGUGACUCGAUGCUACUCAUAACGAGGUUAGACAUUUCUUAACCAGCGCUAAAUGCAUGGUUAGUGAGCUCGAGGCUAGUAACGCCGCCCUGUCAUAGUCACUUCACUGGGGAAGGUUGAACUCCGAAACAGUAAAUCUACUGCUACCUUAUUAACAGCAAUGUCAUACACACAAGUCUAAAGAGAAACUAUUAUACAAACUUGUAAUCCUUGAAAAAGAAAGAAAGAAAUCUUUGUAAAUUUUUGCCACACCGUGUCAUUAUAACGGAAAACAAAAAAACGUUUCGAAAUCUCAUUUUACCGCACAUGUGUGUGUACACGCCCAUUAUUGGUAAUACAAUCAAAAUACUGCCACUGUAAAUGCUUCUAGCUUACUUGACUUGUGAAGAUACGAUUAAAGCAAAAGUUUUUGUUGUCGCCGGAACUUCUGCUGCUCUUUGAUUGUUGCAAACGAGCGAAAGCGUUACGAACAAAAGAAAGGUAAAAAUUGUAAAUCAAAGGUUAAGCAAACUGCCCAUAAUCACACAAAAAGCUUACACAUAUACACACACACAUCAGAGAUUCAAACUGAAAGUAUACAACAAACAGUGAAUUGUAGUGAAAAUGCUGCGCAAGCUAGCCAUUAAACGGCAACAAGCCAGAAACACGCAGCCGCCGCCCCCUACAAUAACCGCUCCGGUCCGCUAUCAACGCCGCCGACAACAACAGAUGUUCCACGCGACUGCAGCAACAUCGCCUAUGCUGCAACGGUUACUGUUAUCUAUGCUGCUGCUUUUGCUGACGCUUAGCCAGAGCGAAAACACAGUUGAUGCAGCCACAGACUCACCGAUUAAGUUCAUUAAAUUGCCAGCUCAAGCACCAGUAAUCCACUAUACCCAGAGCAAAGAUGAUUCGCCGAUAAUCAACUAUCGUAAUAGUAAGGACCAUACUCCAUCUGAUAUCAUUGAAAACGAAACAUCGACGCCGAUUCUUAGCCGUGCUGCUUUGCUUUAUUCCGAGUACAUGAACGCAGCUAUGAAUACAAUGAGUUUGGACGAGGAUGCAGUGCAAAGGCAGCAACGAGGCAAUGCCAACUCCUGCCCUAGAUCGUGCCCGCCAAGCACAACUGUGGGCGCUGUACCGGUUUGCGCCUCUGAUGGUUUAAUUUAUGCGAAUCUCUGCGAAAUGAAGAAAAAGACUUGCUCUCGAAAUGGGUCAAACACAGUGAAGGCAGUUAAAGACAGCUGUGAACGCGCGCGGGGUUCCGAAUGCAAGCAUCGGUGUCCUACAGAGAAAGACCCAGUUUGCGGCACUGAUGGUCACACUUACUUGAAUCGCUGUAUGUUGCGCGUGCAAGCGUGUCGUGUUGGUUUGGCUGCGGUUAGCAUGUCGCAUGUGGGCGCCUGCAGUAACAUCAGUGCCAUACGUGAAUCUUGUCCAGUGGAUUGUAAAAGUGCUCCCAAAGACGGUCCUAUCUGCGCCUCCGAUGGCAAUGUAUACAAUUCGACAUGCGAGAUGAAAUUGCUGACGUGCAGCCAGGGUGUAGUGAAGACCAGUCGGAAGCAUUGCCAAUCGACGCGCAUGUGCCGUGAGUCUUGCUGGCGUGUUGCGCGGCCCACCUGCGGUUCUGAUGGGCGUUUGUACGCCAGCCCCUGCAAGAUGCGAGCAUACAACUGUGGCAAGCAUAUUUUCGAAGUACCGCUAGCAUUUUGCAUGUCUCAAGAGCGAAAUACAAAUGGCAGCAAAUCAGCGGAUAACUGUCCCACCGAAUGUCCUCCUACCUCGGACGCGCCAUCACAAUAUGUCUGCGGAAGCGAUGGCAAUAUUUAUUCAUCGCUUUGCGAAUUGAAAAUGUUAAACUGUGGUCCUCAACGAAAAUCUAUACAGAAAAUGAGCAUGGACAAGUGUAAAACCCGUUUGAAUCGAUGCAAACAGCUGCCGCCUUGCAAAGACUUUAAUAAUUUAUUCGGAUCCAUAUUUUCCUCAAAUCGCAAUGACAAACUCUGUGGCAGUGAUGCAAAAACCUACAACAAUGAAUGUGAGCUUGCGCAUGCAACGUGCUUGCGUGGAGUAAAUCUGGCCCAUAUAGGUCCAUGCACGGACCUGAAAGCUCAAAGUAAAGAUUGUGGUGAGCGUUGUACACGCAGCGAUAUCGAAAGUGGACCGGUGUGUGGUUCAGAUGGUAAUACAUUCCCUUCAAUGUGUGACUUUAAACGUCGAACUUGUCACAUGCGAGUGGUUCCCGUAUCUUUGAAGAACUGUUUACUCACUGCCGACUGUGAGUCGGACUGUGAUGCACAGCCACCGAAUUUCGUAUGUGGAUCCGACAAUAAAUUUUAUAAAUCCGAGUGUCACAUGCGAAAAGAAAACUGCGGUAAACAUGUGUUUGUAGUGCCGCUAAAGCGUUGCCUCAGUAACAUUCAGUUUAAAGGCUGCUCUCGUAUUUGCCCACGAGAAUUUGAACCGAUCUGCGGAACAGAUGAUAUGACAUAUCUGAAUGAAUGCUUCCUGGAAAUCGAAAAUUGUCGAACGAAUAACACCGUAAAAGUUAGUCACUAUGGAGCCUGCGGACGGCCAGAGGCGCCUUCGUCGAACUACCUUUACUAACAAGGGACGCGCGUUCGCAGCGCUUAGCUUCGGUUUCAACAUAGUUUGUAAUUUUGUUUUUGCAUUUAUAUUUAUGUAUUUCAUUUUAUUUAUUUGUGUUACACAAACAGUUAUGCGUAAUAUUUAUGAUUUUUGUAGUUCUAAAAUGUAGUUGAAAAUAUAA